AUGUCGGGCCAAGUCACCUCUUCGGACCUCAGUCCUGUCAUCAUAACAGGUGGUUGUGGGUUCGUUGGCUCUCAUUUGGCUGAAGGCCUCCUCGCAGAGAAUCCCAAUUGCCAAAUCCACAUCAUUGAUUUAAACUCUGCGAGGAACCAAGUUCAGGGUGCUCAUUACCACACUUGCGAUAUCACAUCUUCUGUGGACGUAGAGUCCUUCUUUGUUGAGAUCAAGCCCCAGACUGUCUUCCACGUCGCAUCUCCAGACCCGUUGGUUCUGAACCCAGCUCGAUUCCGCAGCGUAAAUGUCGACGGUACAAGAAAUCUGUUAGAUGCGGCUAAAAAGACAAAAUCUGUAAAGGCCUUUGUCUAUACCUCAUCGUCCUCGGUCAUCCACGACAAUAUCAGCGAAUUGAUCGACGCCGACGAAUUGUUACCAGUCCUUCGAUACCCAAUUCAGAAACGUGUAUAUACUUUGACUAAGGUCGAGGCCGAAGACGAAAUCUUUGCAGCAAACCGUCAGAAUGGAAACUCUUCUAUGAUGACAGUAUCCAUUCGUCCCGCUACUGUGUUUGGAGCGCGUGAUUUUGGUUUCCUGGGCAAAGUCAUUGCUCAAGCCCGAGCUGGAAAAGCGAAUUUACAGAUUGGGCCCGGAAAGAAUUACUACGAUGUUACCUAUAUCUCCAAUCUCGUGGAUGCUCAUCUCCUCGCUGCGCAUGCUCUGAUCGACGCGUACGGAAAGGCUGCUCCGCCUUCUGAGAAGCGGAUUGACGGCCAAGCCUUUAUCAUCACCAACGAUGAGCCAGUCCUUUUUUGGGACUUUCAGCGGGCCGUUGCUGCAGCCAUUGGCAUGUCUGUUAAGCAGGAAGACAUCAAAGUUGUUCCUUACUGGGUUGCUAUGCUGGCAGCUACAGUGAGCGAGUGGAGCACUUGGAUCUUUUCCUUUGGCAAGAAGCAGGCUCCUAUUACCAGGGAAGCCGUCCACCUGAGUACCAUUACACGAACCCUCAAGUGUGACAAGGCCAAGCGAAUCCUCGGCUACAAGCCGAAGGUGGGUGUAUACGAAGGGCUCGAGGAAUCUAGCAAGUGGUUCGUUGAGGAAGCGAAGAGGACUGAAAUGGCGAAGAAGAUAGUCUGA